AUGCCAUCUUCCUCGACACCAUUGUUGUACCUCUGCCUGUGGCUGGUGGUGUGCCUUCUUCUCUUGCAAGAAGCACACGCGGCUCACCAUGGAGGGAUCUCACUGAGGUCGCAACACAUGGCCCUCCUCCACUGGAAAGCUACACUUGCGAGCCCACCACCGCAGAUGAGCUCUUGGCAGGAAAACACCAGCCCGUGCAACUGGACGGGCAUCAUGUGCACGGCUGUUCGCCAUGGCCGCCGCAUGCCCUGGGUGGUGACCAACAUUUCCCUGCCGGAUGCUGGCAUCCAUGGCCAGCUUGGUGAGCUCAACUUCUCGGCUCUUCCAUUCCUUGAAUAUAUUGACCUCAGUAACAACAGUCUCCAUGGUGCACUACCUGCUAGUAUUAGCUCCCUGUCAGCACUUUCGGUACUUGGCCUUCGGCAGAACCAGCACACAGGGAAAAUCCCACAUGAGAUUGGAGACCUGCAAAGUCUCAGGGUGCUUGAACUCUCAUUUAACAGAUUCACAGGACAGAUCCCUGCAUCUCUAGGCAACCUAACAAUGUUAACUAAUCUCAUCAUUGACCAAACCAUGGUAUCAGGUCCCAUUCCUGAGGAGAUUGGAAGGCUUGUCAACCUACAAAUCCUACAGCUAACCAACAGCACCUUAAGCGGUCUGAUACCAAAAACCCUUGGAAAUCUGACCCAACUAAAUACUUUGUACCUGUUCUAUAAUCAACUUUCAGGGCCUAUACCGAAAGAACUAGGCAGGUUAAUCCAUUUGCAAAGUCUUGAGCUUAGUUUAAAUGAUUUUUCAGGUCCAAUUCCUAUAACCAUAACCAAUCUGACUAAGUUGAACCAACUUUUCCUCUCUGAAAAUCAAAUCACAGGUUCCAUCCCCCCGAAAAUAGGAAAUCUCAAUAUGUUAAACAAUCUUGAUCUAAUGAAAAAUCAAAUAACAGGUUCAAUACCCCGAGAACUUAGCAACCUCACUAUGUUAAAUGAACUUUAUCUCUACAAAAAUCAAAUCACUGGUUCAAUACCUAUAGAACUGGGCAUCUUGCCAAAUCUACAAGAAUUAGACUUUUCGUACAACCAAAUAUCUGGCUUUAUUCCUGGCAGCUUAGGAAAUAUAACCAAGCUGGUAGUACUUUCCCUUGAUGUAAAUCAGAUAACCGGUUCCAUUCCCCAAGAGAUUGGCAAUCUGAUGAACCUCGAACUAUUAGGCUUGUAUCAGAACCAUAUUUCAGGAUCAAUACCAAAAACCUUUGGGAAGUUGCAAAGCAUCCAAGAACUACAAAUCUAUGAUAACAAAUUAUCAGGUUCUCUUCCUCGAGAAUUCGGAGAUCUAGUAAACCUUGUUCGACUUGGGCUAUCUAGAAACUCACUUUCAGGACCUUUACCCGCAAAUAUAUGUUCAGGUGGUAGACUAGAACAAAUAGUUGUCUUCUCUAAUAUGUUCAAUGGCCCUAUUCCAAGUAGUUUAAAGAAAUGUACAAGUUUGGUUCGAAUUGACCUUCAGUCGAACCAACUAACAGGAGAUAUAUCUCAGCAUUUUGGUGUCUAUCCACAACUCACAAGGAUGGCCUUGUCAUCAAAUAGACUCUCGGGGCAGAUCUCCCAAAAUCUAGGUGCAUGUAGCCAACUGAUGGUACUACGUCUAGCACAAAAUAUGAUCACGGGUUUCAUACCUCCUAUCCUUUCUAAAUUAUCCAAGCUGGAAGAACUAAGACUUGAUUAUAAUCAUCUCAGAGGUGAGAUUCCACCAGAAAUUUGCAGUUUAACAAAUCUCUAUAGACUAAACUUAUCAUCGAACCAAUUAUCUGGAUCCAUACCUACACAGAUAGAAAAGCUAGGAAAUCUAGGAUACCUUGAUAUAUCUGGGAAUAGACUGAGUGGAUUAAUACCUGAGGAACUAGCGACCUGCAUCAUACUAUUGUCCUUGAAGAUCAACAACAAUAACUUCAGUGGGAGUUUGCCUGGUGCAAUUGGAAAUUUGAUAGGCCUGCAGAUCACGUUAGACGUGAGCAACAAUAACCUAAGUGGUGUGUUGCCGCAACAACUUGGGAAGUUGCAGAUGCUAGAAUUUCUGAAUCUAUCACAUAAUCAGUUCAGUGGCACCAUUCCAUCCUCCUUUGCAAGCAUGGUGAGCCUUUCAACGCUUGAUGUGUCAUACAAUGACUUGGAAGGACCAGUCCCAACAGUCAGGCAACUCCAAAAUGCUUCAGCAAAUUGGUUUCUUCCCAAUAAAGGUCUGUGUGGUAACCUCUCUGGCCUACAACUUUGCGAUUCAACUCCAGUUGCAGCCGGUCACCACAAACGGAAGAUACUUGGUUUGCUUUUGCCAAUUGUUCUGGUGGUGGGUUUUGGCAUUCUUUCUGCAACUGUUGUCAUAAUAAUGCUUAGUCGUAGCAAGACAAAACCACAAGAAGUUGUUACUGCUGAAGGAAGGGACCUAUUCUCUGUUUGGAAUUUCGACGGAAGAUUAGCAUUUGAUGAUAUCGUAAGGGCAACAGAAGACUUUGAUGAUAAGUACAUCAUUGGAACAGGAGGAUACGGCAAUGUCUACAAGGCACAACUCCAAGACAGGCAGCUAGUUGCUGUGAAGAAGCUUCAUCAGACAGAAGAAGAGUUGGACGACGAAAGAAGGUUUCGCAGUGAAAUGGAAAUCUUGUUACAGAUCCGCCAACGGAGCAUUGUCAAAAUGUAUGGAUUCUGCUCCCAUUCAGCGUAUAAAUUUCUUGUCUACGACUACAUUCAGCAGGGAAGCCUCCACCGGAUGUUGGAAAAUGAGGAGACAGCAAGGGAAUUGGAUUGGCAAAAGAGAAUUGUUGUUGUAAAUGAUGUGGCUCAAGCAAUAUCUUAUUUGCACCACGAAUGCAGUCCACCUAUAAUCCAUCGAGAUAUAACGAGCAACAACAUCUUACUUGAUGCAACCUUCAAGGCUUUCGUCUCGGAUUUCGGCACAGCAAGAAUUCUUAAGCCUGAUUCAUCAAACUGGAGUGCACUAGCAGGGACGUAUGGGUACAUAGCUCCUGAACUCUCGUACACAUCUGUUGUCACGGAGAAAUGUGAUGUCUAUAGCUUUGGUGUGGUUGUGCUAGAGCUACUUAUGGGGAAGCAUCCAAGGGAUCUAUUAGACGGUAGUUUGUCAAACAGGGAACAAGCUAUGCUGGUGAAAGAUAUUCUGGACCAGCGACCGACAACACCAACAACAAUAGAAGAGAAUAGCUUAGCUCUGCUCAUCAAGCUGGCCUUCUCUUGCUUGGAAUCUUCUCCACAAGCAAGGCCAACCAUGAGGCAGGCAUACCAGACACUCAUCCAGAAGACCCUCUUGUAGUUCCUCUUCCGUGCCUUUCAGUGCACUAACACUACGGCAAGGGAUACAUGUUGACAUGUGAUCCGAAUUCUGGCGAGGUUUCCGCUUUAGACUCAAGUCACUCAUAUGCCACACAUAUUAUAUAUACCUCCUGUAUGCCACACGGGAUGAGUUGAUGACUCAUUCUAAGUCUGUAUUUGUAGAAAAUCUCCUGAUAUAGGAAAAUACCACGGUGAAAGGACUUCCAGGAAAAUUACCACACGGAGCUAGGUGCAGGAAAAUUACGAACAGCAAGGAAAACUAGU